UUGUAGGCAAUAAUAGUGCGAUAUGGCCUGCAGAGUGGAGUCAGACAGCCUUGGUGAGGUGGAGAUACCAGCAGACAAGUAUUAUGGUGCCAGCACAGUUCGAUCACUUGUGAAUUUCGCUAUAGGUGGCAGUAGCGAGCGUAUGCCUGUGCCAAUCAUCAGAGCAUUUGGCAUAUUGAAGAAGGCUGCAGCUAUUGUAAACAAGGAUUAUGGGCUUGAUGCAACACUGGCUGAUGCAAUUUGCAAAGCCGCAGAUGAGGUGGCGUCGGGCGCACUCGACGACCACUUCCCGCUCGCCGUCUGGCAGACAGGUUCCGGCACGCAGACGAACAUGAACGUGAACGAGGUGAUCAGCAAUCGCGCGAACGAGAUUCUCGGCUCGCCGCUCGGUGCAAAAUUGCCCGUCCAUCCGAACGACCACGUCAACAUGAGUCAGAGCUCGAACGACACGUUUCCCGCGGCAAUGCACAUCGCCGUCGGCACGGCGGUGCAGCAGAGCCUGCUACCGGCGCUCUCGCUCCUGCACGACGAGCUCAGUGUCAAGGUCAAGGCCUUCGCCAAGAUCAUCAAGGUCGGCAGAACUCACACGCAGGAUGCAACGCCACUGACUCUGGGACAGGAAUUUAGUGGCUACGCGACACAGGUUUUAUACAGUAUCGAACGUGUGAAAAGUGCAUUGCCUAGGAUUUACAUGUUGGCAGCAGGGGGAACAGCGGUUGGCACAGGUCUCAACUGUAGGGUAGGAUUUGCCGAAAAGAUUGCAGCUGAAAUCGCUAUGGCAACAGGCAUUCCGUUUGUGACGGCGCCGAACAAGUUUGAGGCGCUGGCCGCUCACGACGCGCUGGUGGAGCUGAGCGGCGCGAUGAACACGACCGCCUGCAGUCUGAUGAAGAUUGCCAAGGACAUCAUGUUUCUCGGCUCGGGCCCGCGCUGCGGACUAGGAGAGCUCACGCUGCCCGUGAACGAACCCGGCAGCAGCAUCAUGCCAGGCAAGGUGAAUCCGACGCAGUGCGAGGCGUUGACGAUGGUCGCCGCGCAGGUGAUGGGCAACCACGUCACCGUGACGAUCGGCGGUAGCAACGGUCACUUUGAGUUGAACGUCUUCAAGCCGGUGAUGGCGAGAAAUGUGCUGCAGUCGGCUCGCCUGCUAGCCGAUGCCUGCACAUCCUUCGCCAGGCGCUGCGUGAGCGGGCUGGCGGCGAAUGAGAGCGCCAUCCGGCAGCAGCUCGACAACUCGCUCAUGCUCGUCACGGCGCUCAACCCACACAUCGGCUACGAACGCGGAGCGGCGAUCGCGCAUCUUGCCUUCGCCGAGCGGCUGACCCUGCGCUCCGCCGCGCUCCGCCUCGGCGACCUCACCGCAGACGAGUUCGACCGCUGGGUGCGCCCCGAGGACAUGCUCGGACCGAAAAAUGGUGCCAAACAGGUCGCGCAACUGGACGUUCACAAAUAGCAGGCAACUGACACCAGUGAUGGACUCUCA